UAACCUUGGUGUGAGCCAGUUGAGCGGCUGGAGAGAAGAGCGAGAGCCUGAACAGUACGGCGGCGGAGGAUCAGCGAUCGCUGGAGUGAACAUGGCGGAGACCGUACGCUCGCUCUUCGACUACCGGGAGACACACUGCCUGGACAGCGACGGAGAAGGCAUCAAACCGACACCGCCACUGCGGGGGCGCGGCUGUGGAAGGAAAAGGAAAGGGACACCCGUGAAAGUCUUUGUUACACACACUGAGGAAGAGAGCAUGCCUGAACACAGCUUCAGCCCAGGUGAUCGUAGAGAAGCAGUAGAGAAUAAACGGCCCAUGCUGGACGGGCCUUUCUUCAACACAGACCCUGCUCCUCACAACUGUGGUCCAUCAGUGCAGGCUCGUGACAAAGUCUCCACCGGAUCCAAGACCAGCUCCUGCUCAGCCUCUACCCCAGCUCUAGCUCCUGCCGCUUCCUGCCAAACCCCAACACCACUCCCUGCUCCUGCCCCAGCCACGACGACUUCAGCUCAGGCCCCGUCUCUGACCCCUGCGUCCACAGCUCCGGCUGCCCCGACGGCCUCUGCUCCGGCCCCAACAGCCAGCUCAUUCCCCCCCUCCCCUAACUGCCGCAUCCGUGAGGUCCACUGUGGCAGCCAGGUGCGGCUGGUUGUUAUCGCCAUCCGAGACAUUACCAAGGGGGAGGAGAUCACUGUGGACUACAGCCUGACAGAGUGGGGAGAGAACUUGGGUUUUCGUGGUACUGUGUCUCCAGCGCAACACGAGUGUAACUCUGACACCGAGAAUAACAACAAUAUCAAAAAGGAGGAUGAGCCUCUCUCUGUGACAGCCCAGCAGCAGCAGGAGUACGUCACCCCCUCUUGGUCCCUCUCCCCCUCCUCCUCCCCCAUCUCCCACUCUGACGCCAGUGACUCAGAUGCUGGAGAUGAAGACAACGCUAGCCCCCGCGGGCGGGCACAACGCCGGCGCAAGAAACGGCGUAGCACUCCAUCAAAGAAAAAGACCCCCCAUCGGACCCCACCUGGACGGCCGCCGCCGGUCUCCCCCAACAGCAUUCCUCAUUACAACCGAGCGCUUCCUUCAUCCCACCCUCCAGCACAGUCCUCCCCUCCCUGCUCGUCCUCCCCUCCCUGCUCGUCCUCCUCCUCUCCAGCUAAGCCAGUGUUCAAAGCUCCGGCUCCGCUGGGUUCCAACACCAAAGGCAAUGUCAACAUAAAGGUGCCCAAAGGAGGAGUGUCCAUAGACGCCAUGCGCCAAACCUGUGAGUACUGUGGACGCCACUUCCGCUCCCUGGGUCGCCACUUGGACAAGCACCAUGCCCACCAACCAGAAGUGUGCUCGGCCCUGGUGGAGCGCUACACACAGAUGCCCCGUCUGCAUGCACAGAACACAAACCCUACCACAGCUCACACACACACGCCGCAGCACUCAAAGUCAUCACAAACGGCGGGACAGAGCCGCAGUUCAGAUAUUCCACAGAUUGGCAUCCAGGACCUCUCCAUGCCUCCGCCCACUCUCACAGCAGCUAACCAAUCCCCUGCCUCCUCUGGAAAAAACUCCAGCCCACCUGUGCUGACUCCUCCACGAGGACAGAACGCAAUGCCGGUGUCUGUCCUAAAGAGAAGCCCGCCCCCUGUGGUUGUGACACAGUCCAGGAUGGCAGUAAUGAAGCUAAAGACAGAAAGACCGGAGGAGGAGGAGGGAGAGGGCGAGGAGAACGAAGAUGAAGACGAUGUGGAGGUCGUGGAGGUAAAGAUGCCCAAAGAGGAGGAGGAUGUUGAGGUGGUGUGCCCUCAGCAAUUCAGCAGCAGGUUGGCCAAAGAGAUGGAGCCACCAAAAGAAGAGGAAGAGGAGGAGGAUGAGGAAGAAGAGGAAGAGGAGGAUGAGAAUGAGAAUGGAGUGAUGGAGGUGGAAGAUGAAAGUGGGACAGAGGAUAAGGAAAAGGACUUGCUGAGUGGUUUGGGGCGUCACCACUUGCUGCCCCUCCUCUCGUCCUUGUCCUCUCUGGUGCUGUACCUCCGUCGGCUGCAGCAUUCUGCCUUCCUGUCCCUGUCUCGGCAGCUACAAUCAGCCGAGGCCUGGCGCCUUCUCUGCCACUCCAGCCUGGCUCUCCUCAUCCUGUACAACCGACGACGUGAGUGUGAGGUCUCCAAGCUGUCCAUCAGCGAAUAUCGCGCUCGCAUCACUCCCCAGUGCCCCGUUCCUGUCCCACCUGGUGCCCCUCCAGCGCUCACUCCACUGGAGGCCUCCCUGUCCCCCUUUGAGCGCCUGGUGCUUCCUCACCUCCCUAGAGUAGGGGUCCAGGGUAAACGUGGACGAGUCCAGCCCCUCAUCCUCCCCCCUCACUGCGAGCCCUGCCUGGAGCUCCUCCUGCAGACACGGCAGGAUGUGGGAGUUGACCCCACAAACCCGUAUGUCUUCGCCAGGCCAUACCACUCCCCCGCUACACCACUGCGUGGUACUGACCUCCUCCGUAGCCUGGCCCGCUCAAGCGGUACCCGCAAUCCCCGUGCCCUGACCCAGACCAGGGUUCGCCGGCAGGUAGCUAUACUUACCCAGCUGCUGCUACUGGGAGAAGGAGAGGAGCCCGGGCAGCCUGGAGGUAGUGCUGUGGAGAGGCUGGAACACUUCCUGGAGAGGGAAUACCAUGUGACACAGAACUGUGCCGGAAUUGGCCAAGACCCAGGCCUGAUGGGCAGAGUGGGCAGAGUGGUGCUUUGUGGAGAGAGAGAUGGAGUGCUGUUCAGAGGAAUGAGCCUGAACCACAUCUGCCUGGAGCUGGAUGUUAUGUCAGGAAACUCUGCAGACUCAUACUCAGAGGGAGAGUCUGAAGGGGAGCAGGUGAAGGAGAAGCCUGAGGCGUCCCCCCCUGCUCCUGCUCCGAAUCCAACACCUACCCUGCUGUAUGUCAGGAAGGGCAAGAACAACGGGCGGGUGGGACGACCCAAGAAGCUCAAGAACUCCCAGCAGCCCCCUCCACCUGCUCCACUUUCACCCACAAACCGCAAGAGAGGCGCAGGUCAGCCCAAAUCAGGAAAGCGAGGCGUCCUGAAGCGUCCCUGGUCAGAGGCGGAGCGUGCAGCAGUCGAGGAGCACUUGACCCAAAACAUCACUGAGCUUCGAGUCCCCGCAAAGGCGGACUGUGAGCGCUGCCUGCAGCAGUGCCCCCUGCUGGUCAGCAACCACCGCGACUGGCGAGCCAUCAAGUUCUACUGCCACAAUCGCAUUCAGCUGCUGAAGAAAAACCAGCGGCGUGAAAGUGAUCCCCUGCCCCUCACUGUCUGCUGAAGGAAGGGGCUCGAGGGUGUCUGGCGCGGUGCAGCUAGUCAGAGCAGAUUCUCAAAUGGUCCCGCGCUGCCUGCUGAGAGGACGGUCCUAAAUUUCACUCUUCUGGUAGCUGGGUUUGUUUUUGACAUUGCUUCCAAUUUGACACCUGAUGGCAUUUUUAUUUCGAGCCAUACAAGAACAGAAAUCUGGAUUAACGUUUUUGCUGCUCUACUUUAAGGUCUUAAAACAUGACACUCUUCAUGGUGUUCCUGGUUUGAGGGUUUGUCAAAGGCAGUGCACUUGGACGGGUGCUGUUUGGGACUUGCCUUGGGGGACUACAGAGACCAUUACACUGGUGGCAGACAGCCUGUGUUGUGUUGUAUAUGGACAUUUUUUCUCUCCUUUCAAAUCAGAUACACUAAACUGAAAUGUAAACAAGGGAGGCAGUUUUGCCCUACAGUGUUGUUAUAUGAACGUCGUGAAGUAGCAUUAGUGUUUUAUGCACUUGGAGACGUUAAUAGGACAAAUGGCCUAUGCUUGGGUCACACUUUUCUUAAUAGCGGCUUUAUAAUUAGAGUAGGCCUAACUACUACAAACCUAGAAGGAUAACCAGAUCUUUCCUCAUCCAAGCUAGUUCUCCUUUUCAUACAGCUGACUGUGCAAUUCUGACAAUGGUUUCAUUAUAUCUGGACCAUCAUUUACAUGUAAGGUACUAAGUGGUUAAUGACUUUUGCAGUUCUUAUGAAGUUUUCUUUUUAUUUUUAUUUUGAGUGGAAUACAAUAUUACAAUGUAUGGAGAUGAUAUUCUGACAAACUCCAGAGUGUGGGUUUCAUGAGAGAGAUAAUUAAAUGGCCUCAGAAUGUUGUGAAGUUACUUUCGGAUACCUAAGAUGUUCAGUUAAACCACAAAGUCCAGAAACACGAAAACAGUUCGGAAACCCGUAUUCAAUAUGUCAACGUCUACAAUUGUUCCUCCUGUUCCCAUUUGCUGUUGUUUGUUGUUGUUGUUGUUGUUUUUCUGCCUGUUGCACAUUCGUUAUUGUAAGGAGUAGAAAAGGUGCUAUAGGCCAAUAAGCUGGAUAUCACUUUAUAUGUGGAGAGGAGAUUUCCCUUGGUUGUGUUAAAGUUUCUUAAAGAGUGGGCAUUUAUCAGAGUGAUCGUUCUGUCGCCACGUUUGUCACGUUUGUCUUUUCCAAUGGCUAGAGCUCCUUCGGUCCUUUUCCAGCCACACUACACGCAGCUCGACCAUGUUUUUGCUUUCUCUUCGUGUUGCUGAAAAUCUGCGUCCAUCAGACUAAAACCUCCAUGAAACCUCAAGACAGAUACUUGAAGUUAUUUAAACCUUUUGCAGAAUAUUUGUUCUUUCUUGCUCUAGCCUUGCCAGUUACAUUGUACAUAACAAAUGUAUUAUCAUUAUGCUAACUGGUUGUUUGUUCUAGGCCAUAUGUAGCUUUUUCCAUUUCUGAGUUAUUGCUAUCUGUAAAUAAGCCUGUUUGUAAAUACUCCUCAGAGAAACAAAGAAAAAACACAAUGUAUGACAUGCCUUGGUUAUUGUGUUAUGUUUUUUCUUUUUUAUAAGUCUUAUAAAAAUGUAAAGCUCUA